UAUCGCGGGAUUUUCCCAGUCCCGGCUGCCGCGAGCUGUAGGAUGUAGAGCGAGGCCUAGCAAUAAGAGGGAGGGGAAGGGGUCGCCAUGUCCUUGCCUUGUCUUCCACCAGAGGCGGAGGCGGCGGAGCCCGAGACGACUUGGUGAGCGUUGCCUCGGCAGCCUCCCACAGCGCCCUCCGAUUCUGCCGCUGCCUCGGACGCUGCCGUCUUCUACUUCGUGGAUCCCCUGAGCCUCCACCUUUGCUCGCCGCCGUCCGGUGGCUUCGGGUUCCAGGGGGGCGAUGGUCGGAGGGCCGCGGGAGGUGUUGCUGGUGUCCUCCGCCGGCCAUCUGGUGUUAAAUGCCGCCGGGCUGCCAGGCUCCUCCCCCUGGCCAGAUGGAUGUCUCUGCCCCGGAGUCCCGCGCGGAAACCGCCGGCAAAGACAGAUGGUGUCCAGGAGAAAGAUGUCUUGCCCCUUCUCCAGAUAAUGGAAAGCUUUGUGAAGCAAGCAUAAAAUCUAUCACAGUGGAUGAAAAUGGAAAGUCAUUUGCAGUCAUUUUAUAUUCAGAUUCUCUAGAAAAGAAAGUACCGCUUCAAAGACUUCAAGAAGUAAAAUCCGUUAAAGAUUGCUCCAGGAAUUUUAUAUUUGAUGAUGAAGAUUUGGAAAAACCUUAUUUCCCAGAUCGAAAAUUUCCAUCAUCUGCUAUUGCUUUUAAAUUAUCCGAAGAUGGAGACUGUAUUCCUUACACUAUUAACAGGUAUUUGAGAGACUACCAAAGGGAAGGAGCCCAGUUUCUCUAUGGACACUACAUCCAAGGAAGAGGGUGUAUUCUUGGUGAUGACAUGGGACUUGGAAAAACAGUACAGGUUAUUUCAUUCCUGGCUGCAGUUUUGCAUAAAAAGGGAACUCGUGAAGAUAUUGAAAAUAACAUGCCAGAGUUUUUACUAAGAAGUAUGAAAAAGGAAACCCCUUCUUGUACAGCAAAAAAGAUGUUCUUAAUAGUUGCCCCUCUUUCUGUCCUCUACAACUGGAGGGAUGAAUUGGACACCUGGGGAUAUUUCAGAGUCAUCGUUUUACACGGUAACAAAAAAGACAGUGAACUGAUUCGUGUAAAGCAGGGGAAAUGUGAAAUUGCUCUCACAACUUAUGAAACACUGCGUUUAUGUCUGGAUGAAUUUAACAGUUUGGAAUGGUCAGCUGUGAUUGUGGAUGAAGCUCAUAGAAUCAAGAAUCCAACGGCUAGAGUAACAGAAGUUAUGAAGGCUUUAAAAUGUAAUGUCCGCAUUGGCCUCACUGGGACCAUUCUUCAAAACAACAUGAAGGAAUUGUGGUGUGUGAUGGAUUGGGCUGUGCCAGGACUUUUAGGUAGCAGGAGCCACUUCAAGAAGCAGUUUUCUGACCCAGUAGAACACGGUCAAAGACACACAGCAACGAAAAGGGAACUAGCUACUGGCCGAAAGGCCAUGCGCAGAUUGGCAAAAAAGAUGUCUGGUUGGUUUCUCAGGCGUACCAAGACUCUUAUCAAGGAUCAGUUGCCUAAGAAGGAAGACCGGAUGGUGUAUUGUUCUCUGACAGAUUUCCAGAAAGCUGUCUAUCAAACAGUGUUAGAAACAGAAGAUAUAACUUUGAUACUCCGGUCUUCUGAGCCUUGUACCUGCAACAGUGGCCGAAAAAGGAGAAAUUGUUGUUAUAAGACCAAUUCACAAGGUGAAACAGUGAAAACCUUAUAUUUCAGUUACCUUGCCGUCCUUCAGAAAGUAGCUAACCAUGUCGCUCUACUUCAAGCUGCGAGCACCUCUGAACAGCAGAAAACGCUUAUCAGUAGGAUAUGCGAUCAGGUAUUUUCUAGAUUCCCAGAUUUUGUUCGGAAAAGCAAAGAUGCAGCCUUUGAAACAAUUUCUGACCCCAAAUACAGUGGAAAAAUGAAGGUCCUUCAGCAGCUUUUAAAUCACUGCAGAAAAAACAAAGAUAAAGUUCUCCUUUUCUCCUUUUCCACCAAGUUGCUUGAUGUGCUGCAACAGUACUGCAUGGCGGCUGGGCUUGAUUUCCGGCGACUUGAUGGGAGCACAAAGUCAGAGGAAAGAAUCAAGAUCGUGAAGGAGUUCAACAGUGCGCAAGAUGUUAACAUCUGCCUCGUCUCCACAAUGGCUGGUGGACUAGGCCUCAAUUUUGUUGGUGCUAAUGUUGUUGUAUUAUUUGACCCUACCUGGAAUCCAGCCAAUGAUCUUCAAGCCAUUGACAGAGCGUAUAGAAUUGGGCAGUACAGGGAUGUCAAAGUGCUUAGGCUGAUAUCCUUGGGCACUGUGGAAGAGAUCAUGUAUUUACGACAGGUGUACAAGCAGCAACUGCACUGUGUAGUAGUUGGAAGCGAAAAUGCCAAGCGAUAUUUUGAAGCAGUUCAAGGAUCAAAAGAGCACCGAGGAGAGCUUUUUGGGAUCCAUAACCUCUUCAAACUGAGGUCCCAAGGGUCCUGCCUUACGAGGGACAUCCUGGAGAGAGAAGGCCAAGUGGAAGCAGGGAUCAUGACAGCCACAACGUGGUGGAAGGAGGGUCCUCCAGCUCAGAAGCUACAAAUGCCUAGAGAGCCUGACUGUGAAGAACACAAAGGUCUAGAACUACCUGCAGAACCACUGACAGAAGCAGCUUGUGACCUCUGCAGUGAUUUUAGUGAUGAGGAACCUUUGGGAAACUCAAGAAUAAGGACUGUUAAGAGCAAUGCAUCUCAUUCAAGUAAAGCUUCAGGUGCUCCAGGACAGCUCACCUUACUCCAGUGUGGCUUCUCUAAAUUGUUUGAGACGAAAUAUGAAGCAGUUGAGGAUAGUGAUGGAAAUGACGCCUCUGAGGAUGAAAGUUCUGAUGAGCAGCCCACGUGCCGUUCAGCAGAAGCCAAAGAUGAUAUGCUUGUUGGCUGUCAGAAAAGUCAGGACUCUCUUGGUACUCCAGGACAUCAGAAAAAAGCUGGCAUCACAAAUCCAAAUGAAAAAUUUAUUUUUGAUAUAAGUGAGAAGACUUUAAAACAAAAUGUUUCUUCUGAGUCUGAUAAUGAAAAAAAUCUUAAAAAUCCAGUUGAACACGAGAAUGGCACAGAAUCAGAAGACAGCGAUGUCGUCUUUCCCACGCAAUAUACAGUUCAGAGGUUCCCUAAGUGUCGUGUAAGGUUUAAGCCAUCCUUGGAGGGAUCUGAAGAUUCUGAAACAGAAAAUCCUGUGAAAAUAACAAAGAAUGGUGAUGAUAGGAAAACCGAUGUCAGAGGAAAUGGGCCAAUUUCAAAAAACUUAAAUCCUGAGAGCAUUACUCUGAAAUCUGUCAUGAAAAGAAAAGGCACUAGUGAUAUUAGCGAUGAGUCUGAUGACAUCGAAAUGACUUCCAAGUCAAGAGUAAGAAAGCAAAGAGUUACUAGUUCUUUGAGGCUUAAGAAAGCAAAGGAAAGCAAAAGCAGACUUUACAGUUUUCCUAAAACAAUGAAGAAGACAAGCCAAGUGUACACAGCAGGCGAGGACUGUAACUCCCAGGCUGUUGAUGAGCUUUCAUCCUCAGAUGAUGACUUAUCCGUCGGCCAUGUCAGUUCCUCUAAACAGAGCCAUAGACCAAAAGUUACAAAAGAUAGAUUCAGUUUCUCUUCAAAACUGCCCAGCCACAACAAGAAAAAUAUCACUUUCGUACCAAGAAAACAAAUGAAAAUUUCAAACGAGAGGGCUCUCAGUCAAGAGCAGAUAUGUGAAUCAGUGGAUAAAUUUUUAGAUGGUGUUCAGGAAGUGGCUUACGUCCACUCAAACCAGAAUGUGAUUGGAUCAAGCAAAGCUGAAAAUCACAUGAGCCGAUGGGCUGCACAUGAUGUAUUUGAGUUGAAGCAGUUUUCCCAGCUUCCUGCUAACGUAGCCAUUUGUAGUUCUAAGACAUAUCAAGAAAAAAUCAAGAAAGAUACACACACAAAGAAAGGCCAACAACCAGGUGAAGGAGGCAUCUCUUUUCCCUUUUAUAUUUCAUACCCCGUAACCCAGAAGAAGAAAAAAGUCUACCAUACAGACCAGACCACCUUCAUAAUUGGAGAAACACCAAAAGGGAUUCGUAGAGGGAGAAACUGAGGCUCCGGGCAGUGACACAGAGAGUGCGCAGUCGAUUCUCCACCAUUACAACACGAUUAAGCCUGACAUUCCUAACAGGGAUGGACUGACCCACAGCACCAGCUAUGUCCUGGGCACCAGACGGCAGGAGCAGCUGUGAACAGCAGUACUAAGUGGAUCAAGCAGGUGGAUAACAAGUGGAUGUCAGGUUCAGUUUGAUCAGGAAGGCCUCAGAGGCCCCUUUGUUCUUCCAUCUGCCUUUAGUGGAUUAGUGGUCUGCUCUGAGGCUGGACAAGCCAGACCCACCUCCACAUGUGUCUCCUGAACUGUGGCACUCCCCCAUCAGCUUCCUCCAUCCUCCUAAUACCCUACUUCUCUUGCUUGGCAGUAUCCUGGACAACCACAGGCCCUCCCCCAAGGCAGACACGUGAACACGGGCUCCAUGGAGCCCUCCACACCUCUCAGUACCCUCGCCCUUGCCCUGGCAUCCCCAGUCUCUGCCCAGCAUUCGCCUCUGGCCACUUGUUUUGCAUGUGAAUGAGUUAAGUCCAUGUCUGGGCUGCCUUUAUCCUGGGAGGGGUGGGAUUUCUGUCACCAAUGAGUGGCUGUGAAAUGUGGGAGUCAGUAGUGGUCCCCUUUUGAAGACCCAGAAGUGACACCACUAAGGUCAGAUCCUGGAUCCUGCUUUCUGCACAGGAAUUAAUGGAGGUCCCACCUGGUCCUUCGUAGCCUGGAUAGAUGGGCAGAGACCCUGAGGGAAAUAGUGAAACGGAGCAUCUGAUUAGCAUUGCUCUAGUCAAAUCCCUAUUUGUAAUUUCGUUGAACUUACCUAUUACGUAAUAAUUAUUGUGCUUUUUUAUCCUUCCUGGAAUAUAUAUUCUACCAGUGAAUUUAUUAUUUUUUAUAUAAUUUCUAAUUAAUUUUUCUAUACAGAUCCUGCAGUAUAAUGAAUUAAUAUGUUCCUUCUAGCCAUGGUCUUUGUGACUCACACACAGUGAUUGAGUGGGACUAUGCAAAUAAGGUGUAUGGAACCUGUGAUAGUUGGAGUUGUAUGUCAACUUGGCUAAGCCAUGAUUCCCAAUAUUAUAUGGUUGUCCUCCAUUUUAUGUAUUGUAGAUCUGACCUCUACAUGUUGAUGAGGCAGGAUUGGUGUUCAGUGUGUCUUGGACCACAGCCUUGCAAGAGGGUGUGACUCAAGUCCCACCCUUACUCAAGUUAUGCCCGUCCCUGGGGUGUGGCCUGCGUGUAAGAUAUAUGUGUGUGUCCUGGCGAGGCUGUCUUUCUUUACAUCUGGAUCGUGUCCAGUUUGUGAUCAGCUGACCUCUGGUUCUUGGGACUUGAGCCAGAGGCCUGCUGUCUGACCUGCCAAUUCUGGAAUUCCCUGGCCUUCACAGCCAGCAGCCUAUCAUCUGACCAGAUUGGCCAGCUUCCACAGCCUUGUGAGCCAGCAGCCUGUGGUCUGAACUGCCAGUUUGGGCUUUUCAGCCCCUGCAGCCAUGUGGGGUGGAAGAAGCCUACACCCAACCCAUGGAUUUGGGACUUGCCAGCCUUCACAACUGCGUGAGCCAUUUCCUUUUUAUGGUUUGGUUAGUUGCAUCAAAUUAUGGAGCCCAAAGACUGGAGGGAGUGUACUGAAGGGAGAGGGAGUAGUUGAUGUUAAACAUGAUGGAGUGAUACAGCAGUGUGGAAAAGGUGGAGAUUUGAGACAUCUUUAACCUCCACCUCAUAGGAACUAGCUUUGUGCUGAUCUUUAUAAAAGAAAUUAUUCAUUUAGAUCCAUAAUCAAAAAUUCAAAGGGUAGAGAAAAGCAUAUAGUUUCCCUCCUUCCUUCCCAGUUCCUCUCUCCAGGGGCAAUCACAGUUAUCGUUCACUGUUAUUAGCUUUAUUUUUCAGAGAUAGUCUAUGAAUUUAUACACAUGCUUCACAUCUUUUAUCUGUCUUUAGUGUUUUCUAUAUUGACACCCAAAAAGUAUACUCAUUGUUGCUUUGAUAAAAAUCAGUGCUAUUUCAGAAUAGAGUUCAGGGAUUCUCAACACUGAGCUUUGCAUCAUGCCCAGGGCAUUUAUAUUACUCUUCCUCAGUUGCCCCAUCAAUAAAAUGGAGCUGAAACAGGAAUAAGGGUAUAUUAUCCUCAGGUAGGGACUUAAAGAUUUUACUAAUCUUCUGGGUAGAGAACAAGAAAUAUAGGAGGCAUUUCAUAACCACUAGAAUGGCUAUGGAAACCCUGGUUGACAUGUUGGUUAAGUGCUACAGCUGCUAACCAAAAGGUCAGCAGUUCAAAUCCACCAGGCGCUCCUUGGAAACUCUAUGGGGCAGUUCUACUCUGUCCUAUAGGGUCGCUAUGAGUAGGAAUCAACUCAAAGGCAACAGGUCUGGUUUCUGGUUUAGGAUGGCUGUUAUCAGGAAAAUGGAAAAUAACAAGUGCUGGUGAGAAUGUGGAGACACUGGAAUCCUGGUGUAUUGCUGAUGGGAAUAUAAAAUGAUGUAGCCAUAGUGGAAUAACUUUUGGCAGUUCCUCAAAAAGUAAAACAAAAUUACCAUAUAAUCCAGCAAUUCCACUCCUAGGUGUACCAAAAGAAUUGAAAGCAGAGACUCACACAGAUACUUGCAUACCAAUGUUCAUUGCAGCAUUAUUCAAAAGGUGGAAACAACCCAAAUGUCCAUCAAUGGAUGAAUGAAUAAAGAAGAUGUGGUAUAUCCAUACAGUGGAGUAUCAUUCAGCCAUAAAGAGAAAUGAAAUUCCGGUACAUGCUAUGAUAUAGAUGAGCCUUGAGAAUGUUAUGCUAAGUGAAAUAAGUCAGACACAAAAGGACAAAUAUUGUAUGACCCCACUUAUGUAAAAUAUCUAGAUAGGCAAAUGCAGGGAGACAGAGUUUAUUAGUGGUUACUAGGGGCUGGGAGAAGGGGAAGUUGGGGAGUUAUGGCUUAAGGGCUACUGAGUUUCUGUUUGCAGUGAUGAAAAACUUUGGGAAAUAGUGAUGAUGGCAGCACGAUAUGGUGAACGUAAUUAAUGUCACUGAAUUGUAAGCUUAGAAAUGGUUAAAAUAGCAAAUUUUUGUUAUAUAUGUUUUAUCACAAUAAAAUUUAGAAAAAGAAAUACAGGGAGAAGCGAACUAUCGGGGAUUUAGAUCAAGACUUAACACAAUGAUGACAGUAGGAGUUGUGGGGUGCUGGAAUGUACAACUGCAAACCACCCGUUGUGACAACCUGGGGAGACCCACCAGCUGCAAGAGAAACCAGAGAGCGUAACCAAGAAGAGUGGCUUCCUCUUGCUCAAGAUGGACGUUCUGGUUUUCUGGUAAGUGGUGUUUUAAUAUCCACAUUUAUCUGCUGGAGACUGUCUAGAUCUCAGGAGUAAUUAGUAACUUUAUAAUCAUUUUCUUAAACACUAACUGUUUUCUGGAAAUGAAACAACCACCUAUAAAGUUGCUGCUAAUCACUGCUCCAAUAACGAGAAUGAUUAAACUCCUAUGUCCAGGCAAACUGUAGUUACUUUGCAAACAGAGGCAGGGCAGCAUAUAGUAUGUGACCCCAAAGCUUUUCUUUAACUGCUUAGAAGUUCCUGACUCAGUAUUUCUCCCUCCCAUCCUCUGGUGGAGGCACUGAGAAGCAGUGAAUGAAGAGAAUCCAGGGACAUGGAUUAUUUAAAACCUGGUUCAUCUGUCAUACACUCGCCUAGGUGUUGCUGUAGAGGUAUUUUGUAGAUGUGGUUAACAUCUAUAGUCAGUUGACUUUAAAGAUUACCCUUGAUAGUGUGGGUGGGCCUUAUCCAAUCAAUUGAAGACCUUAAGAGCACAACUGAGGUUUCCUGAAGAAGAAUAAAUUCUGCCUCACAACUACAGUGUUAACUCCUGAUGAGUUUCUAGCCUGCUGGCCUGCCCCACAGAUUUCAGACUUGCCAGCCCCUACAAUCGUGUGAGCCAAUUCUUUUAAGUAAAUUUCUUAAUAAAUAGACAUAUGGAUAGAUAUAGAUAUAAGUAUAGAUGGCACAAGAUUGAGCAAUCUUUGUUCUGUUACACAUAAGGUCACCAUUAGCUGGAGAUGACUGGAGGGCAACUAACAACAUUGUUGUUGUUAGGUGCCGUCAAGUCGGUUCCGACUCAUAGAGGCCCUAUAGGACAGAGUAGAGCUGCCCCAUAGGGUUUCCAAGGAGCAGCUGGUGGAUUCGAACUGCUGACCUUUUUUGUUAGCAGCCGUAGCUCUUAACCACUGUGCCACUAGGGCUCCAACAACAACAUAAAAAAAAACAAAACCACUGCCAUCAAGUCGAUUCCGACUCAUAACAACAACAUAGGUAUGGGUAUAUGGAUAUAGACAUAAUCUCUUAUUGGUUCUGUUUCUCUGAAGAGCCCUCACUGAUAAAGUAUUCUUGGUGAGCUUCUAUUUCUCAAGUUAUCCCAUUUGUUUCCUAGGACACUGUCAUGGAUUGAAUUGUGUCCCCCCAAAAUAUGUGUCAACUUGGUUAGGCCAUGUUUCCCAGUAUUGUGUGGUUGCCCUCCAUUUUGUGAUUUUCCUGUGUGUUAUAAAUCAUAAUCUAUGCUUGUGGUUAAAGAGGAUUAGGGUACGACAUAACACCCUUGCUUGGGUCACAUCCCUGAUCCAAUGUAAAGGGAGUUUCCCUGGAGUGUGGCCUGCACCCCUUUUAUCUUACAAGAGAUGAAAUGGAAACAUGCAGAGAGUGGGGACCUUAUACCACUGAGAAAGAAGAACCAGGAGCAGAACCUGUCCUUUGGAGCCCUUUGGACAGAGAGAGGAAGACUUCCCCUGGAGCUGAUGCCUUGAAUUUGGACUUGUAGCCUACUGGACUGUGAGAAAAUACAUUUUUUUUUGUUGUUG